GGUCCUUGCGUUCCCCGGCUCCUGCAGGCGGUGGCUCUGGCAGCCCUCGUUGGCCCGCACGAUGGCCACCUGUUGGCAGGCCCUGUGGGCCUAUCGCUUCUACCUGAUCGUGUUCUUGCUGCCCAUUUUCCUGCUGCCUUUGCCUAUCCUCGUCCCCCAGAAGGAGGCCUACUGCGCCUAUGCCAUCAUCCUCAUGGCGCUCUUCUGGUGCACCGAGGCUCUGCCCCUGGCCGUCACCGCACUCUUCCCCAUCAUCCUGUUCCCCAUGAUGGGCAUCAUGGACGCCUCUGAGGUCUGCAUUGAGUACCUUUCAGACUCCAACGUCCUGUUUCUCGGGGGCCUGAUGGUGGCCAUCGCAGUCGAGCACUGGAACCUGCACAAACGCAUCGCCCUCCGCGUGCUCCUCAUCGUCGGGGUGCGGCCUGCCCUGCUGCUCCUGGGCUUCAUGCUGGUCACUGCCUUCCUGUCCAUGUGGAUCAGCAACACGGCCACCACGGCCAUGAUGGUGCCCAUUGCGCACGCUGUCCUGAAGCAGCUGCACAGCUCAAAAGCCAGCGGGGACCUCGAGGAGGGCAGAGAAAACCCCACCUUCGAGCUCCAGGAACAAAGUCCCCAGAAGGAGGUGACCAAGCCUGAUAACACAGAGGCCCUCCCUGUCCCACCUGCUCCUUCGGAGCCCACGGCACACCAAACGCAGGAGCAGAUCCUCUUCACCCAGGGCAUGAGCCUGUGUGUGUGCUACGCAGCCAGCAUCGGGGGCAUCGCCACGCUGACUGGCACCACGCCCAACCUGGUGCUACAAGGCCAGGUCAACUCGCUCUUCCCCCAAAACGGCAACGUGGUGAACUUUGCCUCUUGGUUUGGCUUUGCCUUCCCCACCAUGAUCAUCUUGCUGCUGCUGGCCUGGCUGUGGCUGCAGGUCCUCUUCCUGGGCUUCAACUUCCGAAAGAACUUUGGCUUCGGGGGACCGGUGCAGGAGCAAAAGCAAGCCGCCUUGCGCGUCAUCCAGACAGAGCACAAGCUGCUGGGCCCCAUGACCUUUGCGGAAAAGGCUGUCACUGUGCUUUUUGUCCUCCUGGUGCUGCUCUGGUUCACCCGGGAGCCGGGCUUUUUCCGUGGCUGGGGCAACCUGAUUUUUUCCAAUGCCAAGGGCGAAAGCAUGGUGUCUGAUGGGACAGUGGCCAUCUUCAUCGGCAUAAUUUUGUUCAUCGUGCCCUCCAAGUUCCCAGGGCUGACCCAGAACCCAGAAGAACCGGGGAAGCUGAAGGCCCCCCCUCCCCUCCUCAACUGGAAGACAGUGAAUGAGAAGAUGCCCUGGAACAUUGUAUUAUUGCUGGGUGGUGGCUUUGCCCUGGCCAAGGGCAGCGAGGAAUCAGGCCUAUCAAAGUGGCUGGGGAACAAGCUAACCCCACUGGAGAGUGUGCCGCCUCCUGCCAUUGCCAUCAUCCUUUGCCUUCUGGUUGCUGCCUUCACCGAGUGUGCUAGCAAUGUGGCCACCAUCACACUCUUCCUGCCCAUCCUGGCCUCCAUGGCUCAGGCCAUCUGCCUGCACCCUCUCUACGUCAUGCUCCCCUGCACUCUGGCUUCCUCCCUGGCCUUCAUGCUGCCUGUGGCCACCCCACCCAAUGCCAUCGUCUUCUCUUUUGGGGACCUCAAAGUGUCUGACAUGGCCCGGGCGGGAUUCCUGCUCAACAUCAUUGGGGUGCUGGUCAUCGAACUGGCCAUCAACAGCUGGAGCUUCUCCAUCUUCAAUCUGGACACCUUCCCCUCCUGGGCCCACUCCAACACCACAACCCACUGCCCAAACGACCUGGCCAACUCCACCACGCCUGGCCCCUAGACUGGAGCAUGGCCUGGCGAGGCACGGGAAGACCGCCCUGCUCCCAUUGCUCCAAGCUGGGAGGGGACACCCCCAGCUCCAAGCUC